CAGAGUUCAAUCAGUAAAACAGUGAUAUAUUUUCACCAGUAAACGCAUCCGUUUUACUUCAGUGCAUACUAUAUGUAUGGUUAUGAAGAGUGUGAAAUACAUGACCUGGACCGACUGAUGAGGCUUAAGGGGGCCGGGAGCGGCAGUCAUGUAGUGAAGAGUGAUAUCUUGUUCCAUCUGGCAUCGAUGAAUCUGAAUAUCACCAAGUUUGUGCCUGUUAAGUAUAGAACAUCACAAGUUGGAACGAAAACGAACUAUCUGGUGAAGAUAGAAAUUUUCCCUGGAUAUUACAUACAUGUCAAGAUACAUCGUUACUCCUUCGGUACACCAAGCUUUGAUGAUCUUAGGGCAGGGAAAUCUCUCUCAGAUAUCCUCGAACCCUUCUAAUCUAUGGAUUUGGAAAUCCAACAGCAGAAGUUGUACCAGAUCGAUAUACUGCAUUAAACACAGCAUCUUCAACAAAAUGUAUCUUGAACCCUCAAACAAUUCUUCUAAUUUAAUUUUGAAUUUGACUACUAUACCAAUGCUAUGCAGAUUACAAAGCAAUUGAUGAAAUAAAGGC